AUGGCUCAGAGCGACAGCGAUUCUCUGUCGACGAGCCAGAUCAAGGACUGGCGGUCCAUUAUCACAUUGAUUGUAUUUAUCCUCACAAAUAUCAAUGUGCUGUGCCCAUUUCACAUUCCCAUCUACAUACCCCGGAAGAUAUCGAAUCUCCUUGAAGACGGCCUCGGAGCUCUAAGAGUCAUUCCUAAACGAAAGUAUCGCCCUCCUCCGCUUGCUGAAGACGACGACAAUGGCAAAAUCAAGCCAUGGGUGCGAUUCAACUUCCCUAUGAACUUUGUCACCGCACCUCUCAUCGCAGAUUUGUUUCUACUGGCAAUUCUGGCUAUUGGCCGACAAGAAGUCCACGAUGGCAUCAUCGGCGCCGAUAACAUCUCACCAAUCGAUAUUAUGGCCUUCUUCCUCACCCUGGCCUACAUCGCCAUUUCGAUCGACGCAUCUGGCCUCAUCCGAUACCUGGCGUUCAAGGUGCUUCAAAAGGGCGGCAAGGUUGGACAUCGACUCUUCUUCUACCUCUAUGCGUUCUUCUUUGCUUUGGGCAGCUUCAUUGGCAAUGACCCAAUCAUUCUGUCAGGAACCGCCUUCUUGGCCUACAUGACGCGAGUCUCGAGCAACAUCAUCCAUCCAAGGGCAUGGAUUCAUACUCAGUUUGCUAUUUCGAAUAUCGCAUCUGCCAUUUUAGUUUCUUCUAACCCGACGAAUCUUGUCCUCGCAGGAGCUUUCAACAUCAAAUUCAUCCACUAUACCGCCAACAUGAUUGUUCCUGUCGUCGCUACUGCCAUUGUUUUAUUCCCCUUUCUGCUAUACAUUGUCUUUGCAAAUGAAGACCUCAUCCCGUAUUCCAUAAAGAUGCAUGAGCUUCCAGAUGAAGUCAAAGCGAAGAAACCCGUGAACCCCAACAUCCCCCACGCAAGAGGCCAUAUUGACGAAGAGGAGGCCGAUCUUGCAAACAACGAAGAAGGGAAAUUGCUGUCGCUUGAAGAAAUCAUGAAUCCAUUUCUUGAUAAAGGCGGAGCCGCAUUUGGCGCUGUCAUUAUGGCUGCUACUUUGAUCACUGUCUUAGCAAUCAACGCUGCGAGUGCCAAAAGCGGCGCCCAUCCUGUGUUUUGGGUUACUCUUCCGGCAGCCUUUGUCAUGUUCUGCUGGGAUAUUGGUUUUGGAUGGUACCACCGAAAGGAAACUCGAGAAAUUGCGAGAAAGGGUAGGGAAGAAAUCAUAGCAGCACGAGCCGAGAGAACUUUUCACCAAGCCGAAGAAGCGAGACAGACUUCCGCUGCCAAUCUGGAAUUCCGAGGCGAGACCAGCUCUUCAUCUCCAAACUUGGAGUCAAAAGAAGCACGGCUCCAAGACUCAGACGGUGUUUAUGAAUCGAACAAUACCAGUCCGCCAGCUGCACACGUAAAAGACGGGGAAAUGAUACUAAAUCCUGCUGUUCAUGCCGAGGGACACGCUCCGACUCCCGCAAUUCUCCUAGUCGAAAACACCGAUGAUCGUGUCCUUGCAGCGAUGUCAUCGGCCGGUAUGGAACGCUCGAUAUCCCCACAUAAUGGCUAUACAGAGAAGCCGGAGAAAGGAAAUACAACAAGUGAGAUCAAUUCGCUUGAAGAAAAGAGCAUUUUGAACCAGAAUAGCUCUGAUUCACCCCCACAAGGUCUUUUUGUGCCCCAGCCGGACGAAGAUUUGGAAAGAAGACGUCGAAACUCAAUGGCAUCCAUCUAUUCGCCCGGCGGGCCAGCCACCCUGAAGUCUCUUGGCCAGGACACGCUCAUAUGGUGCCAAGAGACGUUUCCCACGGCUGCUGCCGUUGUUCUUCACCUACCGUUCGCCUUGGUGCCGUUCGCCUUUUGCAUGUUUAUUCUUGUACAAGGGCUGGUAACAAAAGGUUGGGUACCAGUCUUUGCUUAUGGGUGGGAGCACUGGGUAAAUAAAACUGGGACAGUGGGUGCUAUUGGGGGGAUGGCCUUCCUCUCUGUUAUUCUAUGCAACUUUGCAGGGACAAACAUUGGGACCACGAUACUGUUGUGCCGGAUCAUCCAGAAGUGGCAAGAGAUCCAUGUAGUGAGUGGUGUCCCCAUUAGCGACAGAACGUUCUGGGCAACUGUGUACAGCAUGGCACUCGGCGUCAACUACGGUGCGUUCAGUGCUGCGUUCAGCGCCUCGCUGGCCGGCCUGCUUUGGCGCGACAUCCUCGCCAGGAAGCAUAUCCGCGUCAGAAGUCUCGACUUUGCGCGCGUGAAUCUUCCCAUAAUCUCCAUCGCUAUGAUUGUCGGAUGUGUGGUUCUCGUGGGCGAAGUAUAUAUCGUCAGGAAAGAAACGCCCUACAAAAUGUAG